CUUAUAUACAUAUGUAGUGUACAUUGAACAGAUUAACUUCAAUUACCAGUACAGGAUGACAUCAGAAAUUGGUAAGUUUGUUGAAACUUUGGCAAAAGAUGAACAAAAAGAUUUAGUAUCAUCUGUAAAAGAUAAACAUGUUGAUAUAAAUAAAAAAGAAGAAAUUGGAGUUCAGCCUUUGCCUAAUGUUAAGAGUAUUACCAAGGAGUUACUCUUAAUUGAAUCAGAAAAAGCUGAUAUAACAAGCCAAGACUCUGCGAUGAAAUCUUCUACUUUGACAAACACUAGUGAACCAAUGAAUAUUAAUUCUACUCAUAACAAUAAUAGAACAAAUAUUGAAAGUUCAGACAGUGAUGUAGUUGUUAACAGUGAUUCAAAUGAAUGUAAUACGUCCAAUAUAGAUCCAGCUAUUGAAAAUAGCGACAAUCAAAGAGGAUCUGUUAAUCCAUCCGUAAAAGAGUAUAAUGAUGAUAUUGAUAAUCAAUUACCAGAAACUGUAACAUUACUUAAAACACCAAAUGGUGGAAAACUAUAUUUAAUAGGAACAGCACAUUUUAGUAUCGAAAGUCAAAAUGAUGUAUCAAAGAUAAUACAAGCUGUACAGCCUCAUAUAGUUGUUGUUGAACUGUGUAGAGCCAGAAUUGGUAUGUUACAGCUCGAUGAACAAGUUAUGUACCGUUAUACUAAAUAUCUGAGUUUUAGAAGUAUUCGGGGUACUCUUAAAGAGUACGGUUUAUAUAAUGGAUUACUAAAUAUCCUCCUACUAAAGAUGGUUGCUCAUAUCACUAAAGAACUUGGAAUGGCACCUGGUGGUGAGUUUCGCAGAGCUUUUGAGGAGGCAAAAAAAGUUCCAUAUUGUAUGUUUCACAUGGGAGAUCGUCCAAUCAAUAUAACUAUUCAUCGUGCAGUCAGAUUUUUAUCUUGGUGGCAAACAAUAAAAUUAGUAUGGCAUUUAAUAAAGAUGAAGGAUCCAAUUACUAAAGAAGAUGUAGAACUUUGUAAACAAAAAGCUUAUUUGGAUGAAAUGGUUGCUAAAAUGAGUGGAGAGUUUCCAGUAAUAGAAGAAGUAUUUGUUAAAGAACGGGAUAUUUACUUAACAUAUUCUCUUCAAUUAGCUUGCAUGCCUCAAUGUAUUCCCAAGGGUAUCGGGCCAGCAAGAGUUGUAGGUGUUGUUGGCAUGGGCCAUAUACCAGGCAUCGUUGAAAAUUGGUGUAAAGUUCAACCUUCUGAUAUACCACCUCUUAUGAGUAUACCACCAUUAUCGUUAUCAAGCAAAGUACUAAAAUUUACAUGUAAAGCGUCUUUAGUAGUUGCUAUCAUUUAUGUAGGAUAUAAAAUUAUACCAUUAGCUUCUAUCAAGUCAUCGGUUCAGGGACUUUUAAAGGUUAGUGUAGAAUAGUAAAAUAAUAAUAUUAUCUCUAUAUUUCUAUACUGUAAAAAAAGAUUUUUAUUCAAAAAUAAUUUUCUCUUCUAUUUUA